AACGAAGCAGUUAACCUUCGAGAGUGUUAUACAUAUUAGUAUGAAAUGGAGUAGUUAGUUGUUUUUAAUCUGGUAGCAGUGAAGCCAAACAGUAGUACAAACGGAGUGGCUUGGAGGACUCCCCGAGGGGAGGUGAAAUAUGUACGAGGUAGCAACCCUAGCGGGCAACAAACUAGACGCAGCGUACGCUAUCCAGAGCCUCUCCAGUAUCAUGGGUCAGAUUUCGAGUACUGCUACGGCGAAUAACAACAAUAACCACCAUCAUCAUGGUCGGAAUGGGAAGAAAAUUUACCACCGACAUUCGUCAGUGCAGCCAGCCCUGGCCAGCAUUAAGCUGCUGAAGAAAGAAAAUUCCUUCAGUGGUAAAGACCACCAUAUCAAGGAUCCGCUACUGAAAGCGCGAACCGAAAGUAAAAACAUAGACCAACUGACCAAUGGCCAGAGCAAUCCCUCAGGGCCUCCUUUCAGCACCGCGACCACCGCCAGCAACGAUCUGAACCUCAGCCGAGAUCUGAUGACCAAGGAAUCCAGCACGGUGUACAGCUCAACAAACAGCAAAGAGUUCUUCAAAUCGGGCGAAGCCUACCACAAGACUGAUGUGUGUUACUACAAAACGCUAGAUAACGGUUACCACAAGUUACCUUCCGAUUCGUACCACAAGAUGACCGAAGGGUGCUACGUCAAGCUACCGGACGGUAGCUUCCGAAAGUUAGACGAUAAGGUUCACUCCAUGGAUGCCAAAGCGGUAAUCGGAUCGACCGGAUCCGGCCGCCUGGAAACGAGCGGCCGGAACGACGACUCCGCCGUGCACUUCCGGGUCAAGAACCCGAUGAUGAAGUUUCUGAAACGGUCCAAAUCACAUACACCCGCCACGAUAGCCCAGCUCCAGAAGGAGAAGGAGAAACAUCGACUCAGUACAAUCCAGCCGGACGGAGGGGACGCGGGUCGUCCACCGGUAUCGCACCAGCAGCAGGUUCUGUUGGCAGCCGCCCAGCAUCACAGUAGUAGUCACCAUCACCAGUCCCAAAAACGAGACCAACACCACGAUUCCAAAUCUCACCAGUCUCAACAUUCCACCGGAAGUACUCACCAUCACCAUCACAGCAGCAGCAGUAGUAAUCAGCAACAACAGUCGCAGCAACCGCCGGCCGCCGCACCCAGCAAUCAAAAUCGCCGGGUAAUGGUUACCAUGAUCGACGGUGGUUUGCCGGUAGUAGCCAAAAGUAAACCCAUUCACGACAAACCAAAAAGUGCCAAAGCCCGGAUCCAGGACGCCAACAGGGAUAAGGGUUCACCAAAUAUGCAGAUGCGCGGCACCGGGGCCCGAUGGCGACCGGCCGAGGAACACAUCGGCAAGUACAAGCUGCUCAAGACGAUCGGCAAGGGCAACUUCGCCAAAGUGAAACUGGCCAAGCACGUGCCGACGUCCAAGGAGGUGGCCAUCAAGAUCAUCGACAAGACGCAGCUGAACGCGUCCUCGCUGCAGAAGCUGUACCGGGAGGUUCGAAUAAUGAAGCUCCUGGACCACCCGAACAUCGUGAAGCUGUUCCAGGUGAUCGAAACCGAGAAAACGCUGUACCUGGUGAUGGAGUAUGCGUCCGGUGGAGAGGUAUUCGAUUACCUCGUGCUGCACGGGCGCAUGAAGGAGAAGGAAGCCCGGGCCAAGUUCCGGCAGAUCGUGUCGGCCGUCCAGUACUGCCACCAGAAGCGUAUUAUUCAUAGAGAUUUGAAGGCGGAAAAUCUGCUACUAGACAGUGAGAUGAACAUAAAGAUAGCCGAUUUCGGUUUCUCCAACCAGUUCACACCCGGCUCCAAGCUGGACACGUUCUGCGGUUCGCCACCCUAUGCCGCUCCGGAACUGUUCCAGGGCCGGAAAUACGACGGCCCGGAAGUGGACGUGUGGUCUCUUGGAGUUAUUCUGUACACCUUGGUCAGCGGUUCGUUACCCUUCGAUGGGGCGACGUUACGGGAGCUGAGGGAACGAGUUCUGAGAGGAAAAUAUAGAAUUCCUUUCUAUAUGUCGACAGACUGCGAAAACCUGCUGAAAAAGUUUCUGGUUCUGAAUCCGGCCAAGCGGGCCAGCCUCGAAACGAUCAUGAAGGACAAGUGGAUGAACAUGGGCUACGAAGACGACGAACUUACGCCCUACAUCGAGCCCAAAGCGGACCUAAAAGAUCCGAAACGGAUAGGUGGAGGCAUCGUCUGCCCAAGGAUCAAAGCGCUAGUCGCCAUGGGCUACAAUAGGCAAGACAUAGAAGAAUCAUUGACAUUCACACGAUACGAUGAUGUUUUCGCCACUUAUCUACUACUGGGAAGAAAGAGCACCGACCCCGAGUCCGACGGUUCCCGGUCCGGAUCGUCUCUGUCACUACGUAAUAUAGCUGGUAACGACGGCGCCAACACCGGCAACUCACAAGUUCAGAGCCCCACACAUCGAGGUGUCCACCGGAGUAUAUCGGCUUCCAGCACUAAACCGAGCCGGAGGGCCUCGAGCGGUGGAGAAACCUUACGCGUCGGACCGACGGCUGCAGUGGCAGCGGCGGCGGCCGCAGCAGCAGCUGGCGGUGCCGGUGGAGGAGGCGGUGGCGGCGGAAGCGGUGCGGCCAGUUCCGGAGCGGCGGGCGCCAAUGCCGGUAGCGGAACCGGCGGGGGUGCCGGCGGUGCCGGAGGCGUUAACAGCACCGGCAGCGGCGCUAGCAGUAACAAUCACAGUACCGGAACUGGCAGCGGUACCUCGGAACGAACGACAGUGAAUGAUUUCAUACAGGACAGACCCAGGAUCAGGGAAGGUCUCUGUCUCUCGGCAUUUGGUACACCUUUACAAUUUAGGAUGCAAGAAAGUCUGACUUCUUUUGCUUCUUCGAUGACUGAUCGAACCGUGCUGUGGACGGCCUGGGGCCGAUUGUUCGACGUGUUGAGUCGAAAUAAAAGAUCUUCACUGCCGGUGAUCCUGGGGUCAGCGCCUUUACUUGCUGCCAGCCAUGUUCCCGCGCACAGAUUGAAUUUCAGCGGCUACACUACGCCGCCACGAGCUUCUGUUACUGCCUUUUCUUCGAUGCUCAUCUGGAAUCCAACCAAGCGCUACUUCGUAGCGUGUGUUGAAUCCAUCUCCACCUGCGUUACUGAAUCUCGAUGUCUAUCACCUUCUGAUGACACCGGCGAUUCGGAAGGUUACCAUUCGCUGGGUAGCACCGAUGGAGGCGGAGGAGGCGGCGGCGGCGGCGGCGGCGGCAAUGGCGAUCCUGCCCCGGAUCGAGGAGGAGGCGAUGAUUACGAUGGCAGUGGUGGUAACACUGGUGGGGGAGAGGGAGGAGGAGGUGGCGAAGGAGGAAAUAGUGGUGGAAGUAAUGGCAGCAGCGAUAGUGGUGACAACAGUGGUGGUAAAAAGGAAGGAGGAGGCGAUUCCACUGGUUCCGGUGGCGGGGGUGAAAGUAAUAAUGGUGGAAGUGGCGCAGCAGAUGAUGCCCCUGAGUUCCAAGCUGCUCGUGUCGUUUUCGGUGGUUUUGGAACAGUUCAUCAUUAUCACCAUCAUCAUCACCAGCAGGAGGAGAUGUUUGGAGCAACAACAAAUACGACAACUACAACAGAUACAACAAAUAUGUAUGGAGGUGGUGAUUCUCACGUACAUUACACCUACUACCAGCAACCGUACGAGCGUAGCCGAACCACCUACGGGGAAGAUAAAUACAAACCCAAGGAUAAGGGUGGCCCAGCUAGGUACAACAACAUUUUUGCAUCCCUACUGAGAACUACAACGCUUUAA